AGACAUCAAAAAAAUUGCUUAUAAUAUAUAAAGAAAAGAAAAUUGAAUAUAAUAAUUCCUAGCGGCAGUUUCACGACGUCAUGUGCGAGAACUACAAAUUAUGUCUACAGCCUGCAGAGAAGAUCUCGAAUAGACCAUUUACACGCCUACUUUUGGACUGUUGGCAACGAGAAUAUGACAAACGCCCUUAUCGGAAUUUCCGCUUCAAUCUUCUUGAAUUUGAAGAACGCUUGCGUCGAAAAUUCCAUUCAGUGUAUGAUUUUUUGGUAAUUGUUAGCUUUCUAAAAAAGAGAGCCCUCUGCACAGUGCGACUUACAGGAAUUCAUUUGCUACCUUAUGAACACGAUGUACUGCAGAGUUUUAUCGAAAGCCUCGUAACGGUUCGUCACAUUGAAUUGCGUCUAAUGCAGUUACCGACAAGAUUUUUUGAGCUGUUGGGAGAUAGAGCUGUACAUAUGAAUGUCAGAGAACUAAUUUUAGAAGGUACAAUUUUGACUGAUAAAGAUAUAGAGGCUCUUCAUAAAUUCAUUAUUGAAUCGAAAAUUCUUCGACAUUUGAACGUUUCCAAUUGCAGUGUGACCCAAUAUAACUUUCCUUUACUAGCUGAUGCCAUUCAUAAGUCCAAUUCUAUGCGAAGUUUCGUAUGUAAUCGGCUAAUCGGCAAACGAGUUACUUUGGACACAUUUAAGAUUGCACAUAUAGUAUCCUCAUUAAUCUGGCAGAACAAGUUGAAUGAACUGGAAAUGCAAAAUUGUGAAUUUCAAUCUCGCGAUAUGGAAGUAAUAAGCGAGUACUUGGAAACGUCAAAGAGCUCAAUGCAAAAACUAAAUUUCGCUUACAAUUGCAUUGGAUGUGAUGGAACUGAAUAUAUUUUUCGUGCCAUAGUCCUUAGCAAUACUUUAACCCAUUUAAAUAUUGGUGGUAAUAAGUUGGGAACUAAUGGAGGUCGGACGGUGGCUAAGUAUCUUAGCUCUUGUUAUUUGCUUAUCUAUCUUAACAUUACAUGGAAUCAAAUUUCUUCCGAUGCUAUGAAUUUAAUUUUAACAACAAUUAAAAAACCUAUUAAACUACAUAGGAUUGAAAUUAUUGGAAAUCAAUUUGAUGGCAAAUCCGCUAGCAUUUUACGGCGCCUGCUCGAUGCGGGUGUUUUACCUCAAGAGGGAAUCGAUGUAGUACCUGUUUAUGACGAUAGUAUAGCUGACUAUCGUGUCACGCGAUACGAUUAA